GGCCCUAGUCUUUGCUCGAGCCCAUAAUCGAAAAGCCCAUGUCUCCGUCUAUUGCUCCAGUCCAGUCCAGUCCAGUCCAGCCCAGUCCAAUCCAAUCCAAUUGAGUUCAGUCCUGGCAACUGGCUACUGCUGAGGAAGACACAUGGGAAGGAGAGAGAAAGAGGAGAGAGCACAAAUGAGAAGGAGAGGAGAGGAGACUGGACUUGGACAGGAGGUGAGGCGAGGCGAAGCGAAGCGAGCGCAGCCAGGCUCAGGCUCAGGCGAAAGGAGUGAGUGGGCGCUUAGCUUACGGAUACCUUAGCUUAAUUAUUGUACCGAGUAUGGGUACGGAUACAGCAAGGUAA